AUGGUUGUAAACGGUCAAACACCCGUAUGUACUCGCAGCUUUGUGUCCGGUGACAACAUGUCGGUGAGGAGAGAGCCGAGUGGAACAGGCCGCGCGGAGCCGAAUGGACGGAUAAAAGCAGACAGCCAGACGGGGCUUUAUCCGGAGACGCGCAGGCAGGGGAUGUUAUCCGUACUGUCUUAUGGAAGACUGGUUGCCAGGGCUGUCCUGGGCGGACUCUCUCAGACUGACGGUCGGGACUACAGUCUGAUCACCGCCAGUUAUGGCUUCGGUAAAGACUUUCGUAAGGGGAUCCUGAAGAAAGGGAUGUGCUACGGCGACGACGCCUGCUUCAUUGCGCGGAAUAGAACUGCGGACGUUUUGGGUGUGGCAGAUGGUGUAGGAGGUUGGCGUGAUUAUGGCGUUGACCCGUCUCAGUUCUCUGCCACCUUAAUGAGGACUUGCGAGAGACUAGUAAAGGAGGGCCGCUUCACUCCCAGUAAUCCAGUGGGCAUUCUGACCUCCGGCUACUAUGAGCUCCUACAGAACAAAGUUCCACUUCUAGGGAGCAGCACAGCCUGUAUUGUGGUUCUGGAUCGAAGGAGUCACCGGCUUCACACGUGUAACCUUGGCGACUCUGGAUUCUUAGUAGUACGAGGUGGAGAAGUCGUCCAUCGUUCGGAUGAGCAGCAGCACUAUUUUAACACACCCUUCCAGCUGUCCAUCGCUCCUCCAGGAGCUGAAGGAGUGGUGCUCAGUGACAGUCCCGAAGCAGCUGACAGCUCCUCUUUUGAUGUGCAACUGGGUGACAUCAUCUUAACAGCCACCGACGGACUAUUUGACAACAUGCCAGACUACAUGAUUCUACAAGAGCUUAAAAAACUCAAGACUACAAACUAUGACAGCAUUCUGCAGACUGCGCAGAGUAUUGCAAAGCAAGCUCAUGACCUGGCCUACGAUCCCAAUUAUAUGUCCCCUUUUGCACAGUUUGCCUGUGAUAACGGGCUGAAUGUAAGAGGAGGGAAACCAGAUGAUAUUACGGUGCUGCUUUCUAUUGUGGCUGAAUAUACAGACUAAAAGUGUGCGUAUGUGUGAGUGUGCUUCUCUGGGGCUGACCCUUCCUCGCCAUCUGCCUGAGUCUUCCACCUGCAGCCCUCCCAACAUGCACUGCAGGCUGACAGGGGGAGGUCCAUCAACACCGCUCACUCUCCGCACAGCAUGGCUGACAUCCACUGGUGUUUUAUUUAUUUAGUUUUCGUCCACUGUUUGAAGUAGGUUGGGAACAGUCGUGGGCCGGAGACUGUGAGGAUUUUAUCCCGGUGACCAAUGGUGCAAAAGGAGCCUGAGAAUGGCAGACCGAUACCCCGCACGGCACCAGCUUUUAGG